AUGAGUUCAGUUAGUUCGGCCACGACUGUUGGAACAGUACAAGAGGAAUAUAAAAUUCCUCCUCGGGCGCUCGAGAGGAAGGCUUUCAAAAUGACUUUUGGUCUUGGUAAGGUUACUUACCAAGUCCACUCGGAGCUCGGUCAUCUGCACUGGAUGGCCGAGAAUGUUGCCAGGGAUUCUCGGAGAAUGGUACAGGGCGUACCGUUGCAAGAGGAGGAACAUCUCCUUGGACAGAUGUCGGAUCUCCAGGACGCGUGCUAUAAAGCCGCGAAAGUCCAUGAACAAGAGGACAUAGGAGACGAUCUGGCCGCGUGGGGCCUACCUACGAAUGCGGAGGACCUGCGGGACAUGGUUGUCCACCCCGGAUGA